AUGAUGCCAAAAAUCCUGUGUUUGGAAAAUCCUUUACUUGAUGUACAGGCCUUCGGGACCCUGAAGCUUCUUGAUAAGUAUGGAUUAAAAGCCAACAAUGCCAUUCUCGCCACAGAGUCCCACAGGGGUCUCUUUGAUGACCUGAUUGACAACUGGUCCGCGGAAACGACCGCAGGCGGUGGUGCUCAGAAUACAGCAAGAGGGUCACAAUAUAUGCUUCCACCCGACAGUGUCGUCUAUAUUGGUUGCGUCGGUAAUGACAGUUAUGCUGAAACCUUGCGAGAGUCGUGCAAAAAAGCAGGGGUUCGCACGGAAUACCUCGUCAAUAGGACACACCCAACAGGUCGAUGCGGCGUUAUUAUCACGGACAAAAACAGAAGCCUCUGCACCGAGCUAGGUGCCGCUAAUCAUUACAAAUUGGAACAUUUGCAGCGGCCCGAUAUAUGGAAGAUUGUUCAGUCGGCGCAGAUCUAUUUUGUCUGUCCAGCAGCGGCUUUGGCCCUGGCGAAAGAGGCCGCUUCUAAAAACAAAAUUUUCGUUAUGUCGCUAUCUGCUCCCUUCAUCCCAGCUGCAUUCAAAGAUGCCCUUGACAAGACUGAGCCAUUUUGGGAUUACAUCGUGGGCAACGAGAGUGAAGCCCUGGCAUGGGCACAAUCACAUGGAGCAAAGUCCGAGUCUAUUCCUGCGAUCGCCGAGCAUCUCGCCAACCUACCAAAAGCAAAUCUUCAAAGACCCCGGGUCGUAUUGAUUACUCAAGGUUCUUCUCCCACGGUCGUUGCGGUAUCUGGAACUCCAGGAUAUAAGGAGAUCCCUGUCCGCAAGAUUUCUGUAGAGGAUAUCAUUGACACGACCGGUGCUGGCUGA